UUAUUGUUUUUCAACUGAUUCUCUUUGUCAAAUUUUCACUUUUUCUUUAUAAGUUAAUUGUUUUCCUAUUUAGUUGAUUGUUUUUCGAGAGAUUUAGUUACUUUUUGUUUGGAAAACAAAGAGAGAACUUCUCGAAAACAACCUAACCUUAACUCUAACCUUUAACAAGCGAAAAGUGUUUUCUUUUUUGUUUCUUGUUGUGACUUUGGACUGUGAGAUUAUUUUUAUCAAUCAAAAUGUCUUCAGUUUUUACCCAAGACCAGCGAUAUUUGGCCUGGAAUUUAUUCAUGUUACAUCUUAUGAAUGAUUAUGAUUUCAUUGAGAUGAAUAGUAAUCCAAUUUCCAUUUACCCUGAAUGGGCAGAUUUUUAUGCGGAUAAAGUGAAAGAAUGUAUGUCCGAUCUUCUUAAAACUGCCACUCGAGAAGCUUUUCCACCAGCAACAAUUAAUAUUCCUAGAGAUCAGGAGCCAUCAUCACCGAUUCCUCUUAAUCCCAAUGAACCUUAUCAAGGAUUAUUGAUGAUCGCACCUCAAUUUGUCGACAUUCCAUCAUCUCCAUCAUCCAUUUCGUCGGGUUCUUCUUCUUUCUCUGAUCGCGAUUCACCAGCAUCUUUCUCAUCGGCUCAUGAAGAAUCACCACCAACCUUUUCCAAGGUAAUUGCUCGACCAGUUCCAGUGAUUCGACGACCAUCUUCCGGUUACAUUUCGCCAUCAUCAUCAUCAUCAAGUAAUACAUCAUCAUGUUCUUCCUCGGCUUACAAUUUAUCCAAUGAUUCCGCUGACAAUCAAGUUCAACCUCGUUUACAACGGCGACGACGAGUCAAUCAACGAUCUCCACAGCCACAACAGCAACAGGAUCGACCUAAUCAACAACCACAAUCACCCCAACAAAAUCAACCAGCCAACAAUCUAAUGUGCAGCUUUUGUCGACGAAAUUCUGAACCAAGAGAAUUUUAUACCAGUCAUAAUACUAAAGAUUCCCAGGGUAACGUAAUCUGUCCCAUUCUAUUUGCUUACAAGUGCGAAGCUUGUGGUGCCACUGGACCCGAUGCUCAUACUCGCAGUUAUUGUCCCAUGGCCUCUGUUGUCCGAUCAGUUUUCAGCGAAGAUUCAAAUGUCCAGAUUCGAUAUGCCAAUUAUGCUCGAACUGCUCGUGUCCCACAAUAAAUACAAAAAUCAUUUUUUUUUUUACAUUUUUUUU